CAAAAAGCUCAUGAAGAGAGACAGACUUGAAGAGAUCACAGAUGAAGACUUCAGGAGGGCUGAGGACUUUGUCAGUCUGAUGCGCAUGCUGUAUACAAGUACCCUGUGUGUGUCAAGCGACAAGUCUUCUACAUGUGGCCAGAUAAUUCCCAUUCUGCAAAAACUGAAGACCCACUUAACUGUCAAAGAGGAGGAUUCCACAUUUGUGGCCACGGUAAAAGAAAAGGUCUGGAGUGACCUCUCCAAACGUUACCAGGAUCAUGACAUAAUGGCCUUUCUGGAGGAGGCCACUCUUAUGGAUCCAAGAUUCAAGGGAAAGCUGAGUUCUUCUGAUGAAGUUUGGGAACGACUGAAGGCAGCAGCAUUGAGGGAAAUGUUAGGAGAGGAGGAUGCAGUGCCAGUGGAGGCUCAGGAAGUGGAAGUGGACGAGGAUGAAGAGGAUGAAGAGGAGGAGGUGGAAAAUCCUCAUGUUGUCAAGAAACCCAGGGUCUCUGCACUGGAGGAACUCUUUGCUGAAGAGGAUAAAGAGCUGCGGAGGAGCCUUAUUCAACAGGAAACAACAGCGCCAACAAUCCUCGAGAACAUCAGGAAUGAGCUGUCCGUCUACAGAGGCCUCCUUCCCAUCCCUACAUCAGAAGACCCUGUCCACUGGUGGUGGAGAAAGAAGGAAACUUUUCCUGUCCUCUCUCAGCUCUCCACCACCUACCUCUGUGUUCAAGCCUCCUCAACGCCUUCUGAAAGAGUGUUCUCCACAGCUGGCAACACUCUCAGUAAGGAGAGAUCUCGGCUUCUCCCGGAGAAAGUGAACAUGCUUAUCUUUUUAAACAAAAACUGUUGAGUGCAGUAUUUAGUUUUCAUUCUGGGACAUGUUUCCAUGCAUUAAUGUUACAAAAAAUGUUCAUCCUCUGUUUGAGGGAAAACUCCAAAAAGCAUGAUAGGGAGAGCCAGGCCCCUUUAAGUUAUUAUAUUUAUUUUUGUCUGCUUCUGAGAAGCUAAUGUAAAUUAUACAGUUACUUCUGCAAGACAAUAUCAAUAAAAUAACUGUUUAAUCUUCA